UUUUUAUUGUACUAUUACAGUGUUUGAAAGGCGUAGCAGAUGAACUGAAUUGGAUUUCAUGUUCUGUGCAUAUAUGAAGGUUGAUUGUCAUCAAAGAAAUUGGUUUCAAACCAGACCAAACCUCAGAGAUAAGGUAAGGAUUUGAAGUUAAAGAGGCCUGGAGAUUCAUAAUGUUGGGUGGAUAGCUUACUGUGACAAGACUAAAUGGGCUGCUUUUGAUCAGAUAAAUAAAUUGGAUUUCAAUUCCCUUUACAUAUAUGAAGGUUUUGUCAUGAAAGAAAGUGGUUUCAAACUAGAGCAAACCUUAGAAAUAAGAUCAAAAUAAUGGAUGUGGCACUCCCAUGGACACUUUGGACCUUGCCAAUGCAUGGGACAAAUUGGAUGAGGUUUUCAAAUUUAGGAGAAAAUGGCUUCAAAUUUACAUGGGCAUUGAGAAAUGUUGAGCAAAAUUUCAUGGUGGCCAUAAUGAAAUUCGCAAUUUUCAAAAGUACAAAGAUGUUGAACGAAUUCCGAAUGAAAUCCACAUAAAUGGCAGAGUUUGCAGGAGAACUAAUGUGCAGUGCAGGUCUAGAGAUGCCUAUGUGAUCUCCAAUUGGUUGUUGUUUCGGAAUGCGAUGCAGGAAUUUCCAUGGUUGUUUUUCUCAUGAUAUGGACCAGGUUGAAUUUUCUUUAAGGAAGAAAGCCAGAAAUUAUUGAGGAAAUGGGAAAAAUUCAUUUUGGAGUUGACAAUACGGUGUGUAGUAAACCGAUCAUUGUGAGAAGUACAGAAUUCACUAUAAUGUUUGUGGAACUUCUGAGUUCACAUACUUUGAAUUCAUGAACAAAACAGAAAUUUUCAGAGACAGAAACUAGAGAUUUAUGAAUUCAUAUAAGGUGUCGUAAAAUAUGGUGAACUGGAAACAGGGGAUGGUGACAAUUUACCUCUUUAACUUCCACCUUGAUGCUUUUGGUGAGGAUAGGAAUCAAAAUGUGGGAGUUCUUUAAACAGGAUUUCUAUUCAAGCAAUUUAAGAUCCUCUCUCUCAUCUCUAAAUCUAUACAUCUGUGCAAAUUAGCUAGAAUAGGGUAAUCUGCAGAUCACAGGUGCUUAGAAUUGCUAGAUUAUUAUUAUAUUCUAGCAGUACGUUAUGCAUGGCAAAUCCUCUGGCUUAUUCAAAGAAUUCAUUUGGAAAUGGGUGACACAAAAUUUCAGCAUAUGUCAAUGAAAGAUGAGAGAAUGAAGAAAACAGCUUCGAAGGGUUGUCUGCAUUCAAAUAGAGUCUGGAUAAGCAAAUUGCCUUGUAGAAAUGUUACUCUCAACGACACUUCUUCCCAAUUUCCAGCCUCCAAGAUUGAUUUUCGCCAUUCUACAUCAUCGGUGGUCCGCAGCACCUUUGAACAAGAUGAAAUUUGUGACAAUCCGCCAAGACUAUCAUGGGAAGGAUUUCAACAUGCGGGUAAGACAUUUGAUUUUGAUCUGAAACCCAAUCCUAGAGCAUUAAAUUUACAUGGUGCUUCCCAGCUGCAGCAAUCUAGUAGUUGUAUGGAACAUAGGAAAUGUUCUGACAAUGAUAAUUUCCCCAAAUGGAUGGAGGACAAUUUGAAUUUUAGCAGGCAAAUUGAGGCUCCCCUUAAGAGGAAGAAACGCUUAUGGAAUUGGAAACCUUUGCGAGCUCUUGCACAUACUCGCAAGCAGCAAUUCAGAUGUAUCUUCACCUUGCAUGUCCAUCGUGUUGAGGGGCUUCCACAAAGCAUGAAUGGCUUGCUGAUUUCUGUCCAUUGGAGACGAAAAUAUGGAGAAGAACAGACGAUGCCUGCUCGUGUUUGUGAAGGCACUGCUGAAUUUGAAGAGACACUUCAUCAGAUUUGCACCAUCUAUGGAAGCAGGAUGCCAGGUCAAGGCAUGAAUUAUAAAUCAAAGGUUUUCACACUUUUUGUUAGUGCUGUGGAUGCCAAAGGGAUAGAUUUUGGUGAACAUCGGAUUGAUCUCAGCAUAUUGCUUCCAAAGCAUUUAAGCGAUGGUAGAGGGUAUACAAAGGCCAAUUGCUCUACUAUGAGUUUCAAGCUUGCAGGUAUGGCUCAAGAAGGAACUUUAUCUGUAACUUUUUCAUGCAAAAUCCCAAAGAAUGAACUUCAGCAAAUGCAAGAUAGGGGCACUAAACAUGCAGAUAUGUCUGACCGAGUAAGAUUUCAAUCUUUACGCAGAUUUUCAAAUUCUCAUCCUGGAAAUUCAGAAAUCUAUUCUAAUUCUAGUCCUUCCAUCUCUGGGCAUGAAACCAAUCUUGAUGACAUAGAUCAUUUGAACCUAAAUAGUCAAGCUUCUAUCAUGAAUGAGGUCUCUACUGAAAAACACCGCUGUCUUCAACAUUCAAAAGAUGUGAAAAGAAGUUGCAGUUUAGCGGAGUUGUUUGCCCUUGAAUUAGAGAUCAAUUUUUCUAGUCCACUCAUUAAUAUAAAUGAAUCUAAUGGCAGUUCUAGUCAAAAUGCUUGCCAGGAUGAUAAAGUUCGUCUAGAGGAUGAUAAUGAAUACACAGUUAUUGAGAAGGGGGUGGAGAUGGGAAUUGGGAAUGUCUCGCAAUUACUGGAACCAGAUAAAGAGCUUUUAGAGCGUAGUUUGAGAACUAGAGAAGAGGAAAUGAUUGAAAAUCACACGAAUGCCCAACAGGCUCAGCAGUUGAAUACUCCAAAUUCCUGGUUGGAAGAGAAUGCUGAAGCUGAAGUAUGUCUACUGUCUGUUCAGCAUCAACAAGAUAAACAAAGUGACAUAAGCAAGGCUUGUACAUGUGAUGACAAAAAACCGGCUGAUGGUCACUUCCUUAACAUGCUGGAUCAAAAUUAUAAUUCCUCUCAUUUAAGCUCUGAAAGUGAUCCGGACUCUCCCAGAGCAUGCCUUCUUAAGCAGUUUGAGAGAGAAUGUAUGUUGGAAGGAGCCAAUCUUGGACCUGAAUUAUGCAUUCCAACCGUCUUACAUUCAGAACAAACUUCUAAAGGCAGUUGGGACUCCGAUGAGGAAUUAUGUCUGGAUUCAAUAGUGCGGGCUGCAGAAUCGGAAUUUCAAAAAGCAAAGCAGACUUUGUCCAGCAAAUUGCGAGCCACCAUGCUAGAGAAAGCAGAGGCAGAUGCACUGUUGGAAAAGUGGGGUAUGGAUGAAAAAGAUUUUCUGAACUCUCCUGUAAACACUCAAGGUGGAUUUGGCAGUCCUGUCAAUUUUCCUCCCCAGGAGCAUGUUGAGAGACCUGCUCUUGCAGAAGGAGUUGGUUCAGUUGUUAAAAUGCGGGAUGGAGGUUUUCUUGGUUCAAUGAGUCCUGUGAGUAAAUACAAAGAAAGCCUGCUCAUGCAGGUAUCGAGGCCUCUUGUAGUGUCUGCAGAAACAGGGUCAAGUGUCAUUGAUAUUCUGUCCAGGUUGGCUUCUCUUGGAGCUGAAAUCCUUACUGCACAAGCUAAGGAAAUGAUGCCUCUGGAAGAUAUCACAGGAAAAAAUAUUCAGCAAUUAGCAUUAGAUUCAGGUCCUAGCCUUAAGAAAUCCAAAACAAGGGAGUUCACAGAUCCAGAGCUAAACAAUGAAUCAGAUCAUAGACUUCAUGUACUCUCUUUUGAUAGAGGGAUGUCUAUUUCACAAGGAAUGAACCAGGUACAAUUUGGGACUCUAUCUGCCAAAAGGGAUACUCAAGAACUCGAGCUCUCUGCCACUGGGAAUAUUCCGGAGCUCAAGAUGUCUGCCAUUAGGGAUAUUUACAAUGAACUUGUUUUCCUUGAGGAAUUAGUUCCUUCAGCCAUGGAAAAGAUAGAACCUCUAGCUGUUGAGGGACUCAAAAUACAGUCAGAAAUGGCAGAUCAAGAUGCACCUUCCAAUCUGAAUGCAUUAUGGCCAUCAGAAAGAACUCCUUCUGUACCAAAGAGAACCGAAGAAAGUGGCAGGCUUGGGUUGGAGGGUACUACAGGCUUGGGAUUAUCAGGUGUCAAAGAUUAUGACUAUAAUGGUGAAGGCUUAAUGGCAAUGGCUAUAACCUUAGAUGAGUGCAUGAAAUUAGAUGCAGCAAUGGCUGACAAAGAGGUGAGUGAGAGAUCGCCCAAGUCUCUUCCCGAUCACUGUGAUGUAAACUUGGAGUUAACUGGCAGAAGGCAUCCCAAAUGCAAUAAAAGUGAAUUGGAAAGGCAGAAACAUGCCCUGGAAAGAUGGAGUACUAUAGGAAAGACCUUAACAAUAGCUCUGAGAAUCCAAUUGCACGAUCCUCUUAGGAACUAUGAACCAGUUGGAGCUCCAAUGAUGGCUUUAGUAAAAGCAGAGCGUGUUGAGCUACCUCCAAGCCCCACAACAGGAAGAGUAGUAGACAAAUGGAAUUGUGAAGUCUAUGGAGAAACUAAAGAGAGGAAAGAAGAAUCUCAUUUUAAAGUCACAAAUGUUCAUGUUGCAGGUCUUAAGUUGCAGGAAAAUACCAGGACAAAUGGCUGGAGCAAUCCAAAACAGAAACAAUCGGGUUCUCGUUGGCUGAUUGCAAAUGGGAUGGGCAAGAGUCAAAAGCAUCCUUUGCUAAAACAAAUGUCAGCAGCAUCAAAAGUAGAUGUCAAACCCAGGGAGACUCUAUGGAGUAUUUCCACUCGUUUUCAUAGCAGUGGGAAGCAAGGAAAUGAAAUUGCUACUUUGGGUUCUCACAUUAGAAACCCUGAUAUCAUAUUCCCUAAUGAUACAAUUAAUUUUAGAUAGGAGGAUUUAUUAAUGUGGAGCAAAGUUCUCAACAAUGGAUAUUGCUGCUGAUUUUUGUAUGCAUAUUGUCUAUUGUACCUUUCAAACAGUCUCGUGAAUGAAAUUUACUUGAUGGACCGAUUCUUAUCUUAA